AUGGCUUUAUCGCUAGAGACAUACCCUUCAAGAAUGCAACAUCACGAGCAUGACAAGGGCUCCAAGGAGGCAAUUCGACAGUAUCCAAGUUCUGUCCAAGAUGAUCUGUCAUACAGAAGCAGGGUGGCGUUUCAUCCAUCAAGAAGGGGUGUCAUCAAUGACACGACGGACGACAGUAGGAGCCUUUUCUGCGAGAAUCGAGCCCACUCUUUCUAUCCAGAAUGGACUGGACAGGAAUGCGACCACGAUUCCUUCUUUUGUUUUACAGAAGGGAUCAAUAGCCAUUGCUGUAAAUGCAGACCUCAAUGUUGUGGACAGUGCAAUGUAACGGCAUCCUACAAUGAUCCAUAUCAAGCAUGUCCAGUGCUGGAUGGAAGAGCACAGGAGCAGAGCAAUACACUACGUAGUAGACUGAAUACGCUACGCAGUGAACUGACGUAUGAGCAAGCAACACAAGCAAUAGUCAUCGGAAUUAUCCUGGCUGUGUUGGCCUUUGUCUUGUGUAUCUAUUGUUGCCUGAGAAGUCACCAAAAGCGAAUGGAGGAGAUUGCUACGACGACGAGUGAUAGGGACAAGAACCUCCGAUUCACACGGGAUGACGAAUAUGGAGAUGAAGGGAGUUUUGUAAACCACGAAGGCAUAUCCCGCAACAAGAGUUCAUGA